AUGGCGAGCAGAAGAGUAUUGAAAGAAAGAGAAAUUAUUUCCUUUUUGACACAAGAAGAUGAAAUCCCAGAUGAUGGGAGUGACAGCGAAAUGGAGGAUCAUGUAAGUGAAGACGAUAUUCAAAGUGAUACUGAUGACGAGUACAUAGAUGAUGUCAUUGAUGAAAGCUUGAAAACCUUAACACCUCCUGAUGACACCUCAACAUCUCUCAAUGAAACCUCAACAUCUGAUGACACCUCAACACCUUCUGAAAAUACUAUACAUGAACACCGCAUAGUUAUUCCGCCUCAUAGAGUAAUUAGAGGUAAGAACAAUCACGUUUGGUCUAUGUCUAAAGGUCAAAGUAGUAGAAGAACAUCUGCAAUCAAUAUAGUUCGUUGUAGUAGAGGUCCUAGUCGUAUGUGUCGAAAUAUUUUUGAACCACUUUUAUGCUUUGAAUUAUUUAUUACGGAUGAAAUCAUUCAAGAGCUUGUUCAGUGGACAAAUGUGGAGAUGUUGAAAAAGCGCACUGAUAGUAUGACUAGUGCUACAUUUGCAGACACGAAUCCUACUGAGAUUAAAGCCGUCAUUGGAAUACUUACUCUCAGUGCUGCAAUGAAAGAUAAUCAUUUAUCAACCGUUGAGUUGUUUGACAGUUCAUUUACGGGCUCGAGAUAUGGAGCAGUUAUGAGCAGAGACCGAUUUGAUUUCAUUGUUAGGUGUCUUAGAAUGGAUGACAAGACUCUACGUCCUGCUCGUCGCCAACAAGAUCCGUUUAUACCAGUUCGAAAGGUUUGGGAUCUGUUUAUAGCCCAAUGCAAAAUGAAUUACUCUCCUGGAAGUAAUGUCACUAUUGAUGAACAAUUACUGGGGUUCCGCGGUAGAUGCCCGUUUCGAAUGUAUAUACCUAAUAAACCAAAAAAGUAUGGUAUAAAAAUUCCAAUGAUGAAUGAUAGUGGAACCAAUUAUAUGAUAAAUGCGAUGCCGUACAUUGGAAAAGCUACAAAUACAAACGGUUUACCACAAGGCGAAUAUUACUUGAAAGAGCUAUCACGGCCAAUUCAUGGUACUAACCGCAAUAUAACGUGUGACAAUUGGUUCACGUCUAUUCCUGUCUCGAAAUCAUUACUUGCUGAACCAUAUAAAUUGACAAUUGUGGGCACGGUACGGUCAAACAAAAGGGAAAUUCCCGAAGAACUGAAAAACACCCGUUCUCGACCAGUGGGUCUUCAGAGUGUCGUCGUGCUUUGA